CCGUGGCUGUCCCGCGGUUCCUUGCACCAACAGACAAACAUCUCGUUUGGCAGGAUGGCGGUCUGUAACGAGGUUUACGAGACAGAUAAGCAUGUGUAGGGGAUAUAUAAGACACGAAGGAUCAGUAGAAGGUGUCUUUUUCCAACUUUUACUCAUUGACUACGAGAUCUCGUAGUACCGUACCAGAAAACAAUUCCAGGACUUGGUUGAACAAUAGAAACAGGAUCAGUCCUCUGUUAAGUCUUUUUCUUUCUCUCUUUCUUUCUUUCUUUCUCUCUCUCUCUGUCUCUCUCCCUCUCUCUUCUUCGUUUCUGUCACAUUGUCCCUAUGACGGCCACAAACUCUGUUGACUAUUUGCUGUCGCUUCCCAGCAUUCGCGAGACUGCCCAGAAAAUUUUGGCGUGCGCGGAACGGGAUGGACUGAAAGCAUUCGAAUUCCAUGCUGAGAAAAUGCCCGAGGUGGCCGACUAUGUCUACUCGGUCAUUCGACGUGAUUUUGAGGGCAAGUACGGUUCCAUCCCUCCUCAUGGCCGUUGGCAACACUUUGAAGUUGGAGGUGUGCCUCGUUUGACUCAGCUGGUUGAAACGUGGCAGCAGUCAAAAAGUCUGUCUGCACUCGAUGUGUGCAAGAGAGUCAUUGAUGUGACGUUUGUCAGUGUCUUACUUGAUGCUGGUGCUGGAAACGUCUGGCGUUACGUUGAUAAUGGCGCUGAAUAUGGGCGUAGUGAAGGUAUCGCUGUCGCUAGUCUUCGGUGCUUUGAAGCCGGGCUGUUUUCCAGUGACUCGGAGAACCCAUUGCAAGUCGACGGUGUUGGACUCGAGGGUCUGACCGUGGAGACGCUUGGCGCGGGAAUGCAAGUGACGGAAGACAACCUUAUUGAAGGCUUGCAAGGUCGUGUGGCCAUCUUGAACAAUUUGGGCAAGUCCUUGGGAAAGGGUCGGCCUAGUGAUAUUCUUGACCGUCUUGAGUGCACGUCAUCAGGUGCGACACUCGACGUGGCCAAUCUGUGGACGGAAUUGCAGCAGCUGUUGCUGCCUAUUUGGCCAGAACGGACUGUCGUGGGUGGCCGCAACUUGGGUGAUGCCUGGUACUCGAGCACCAUUCAGGAAAUCCAGCCCUUCCACAAAUUGACCCAAUGGCUUGCGUACUCGCUGCUCAUUCCUCUGCGUCGAAUCCUUCAACUUGAGGUUUGCGGUGAGGAACAGCUCACCGGUUUGCCAGAGUAUCGGAACGGAGGUCUGUUUGUCGAUCUCGGCGUACUCCGCUUACGGUCCACAUACUCUCCCAUUGCCGUUUACGCACCCAACAGUGAUGUUAUUGUCGAGUGGAGAGCCAUGACUGUUGUGCUUUUGGAUGCACUGCUACCGCUUGUGAAUGAGAAACUUGCAGCCGAAGGUGCUGCUCCUCUUACGCUCGCCCAAAUGCUCGAAGCAGGCAGCUGGAAGUCGGGUCGUCUGCUGGCAGCCAAAAACCGUAAAGGUGGUGGCAGCCCCAUCCUUAUCCAAAGCGAUGGUACUCUGUUUUAAGACGGUAUGGAGUCGUAAUUUGGUGUGUAAAUGAUACUAUUAGUUUUGUCUAUGCCGACGGAUGUAAUGUAAGGAAUUUUAUCAAAGAGUGAGACAGAGAGUCUAGUUACAAAGUCAAGUUUCAUUUUGUAGUUUAUUCUAAAUGCACUGAUCCUCGGGUUAUAUACAGGUCUUUUGUGCAUCUAGACAAUUCCGAAGCCACAGAAUAGGUCAAUGGAAACAAACAGCGAGGAGUUAAAAAAAAGUGUUCGUACA